AUGCUGGGCUGGAUCGUGUUCUGGAUGAGUCCUGAUAAUGGAGGUGACAGGCUCACUGUCGGCAUCACUUGCAUUCUCACAAUUGUUUUGUUAUUGGGUUACAUCAACGGCAUGCUGCCUAAGGUUAGAGAACUCACAUGGCUAAAACAUGACAUGCAUUCAACAGGCGGCGGUAUGCAGGGAUUCGUGAAAGUUCGUCAUAGUUUAGGCUGUCAACAGUCAAGAAAACCACCACAAGAAGGACACUUUUCUUUUUUUAAAAAAUAGUUUAAAAAAAUUCUCUCUCCGCUAAAAUUAGACGUACGCCGUAUAAAUAUUGGCUCUACAUAUCUAAAAUUAAUUUAGAAAAGAAUAAAUGCAUUUUGGCCCUUGUUGACAACCAAGGCUCGUUGCAAACCCUUCUGCUAUUUACCAGUGAGGAAUUCUAUAUCGUAGCGUUACCAAACAUGCAACGCCCGUGCCUCUCACACCCAAGGAUACUUCUGUCUGUGAGUAACACUUCUCAACAAUAUGUAAUCAAAGUGUAUCUCUAGCUCAGUGUCACGUUUACGUAACUCACGCCAAACAAAAUAAAAACAAAAACAAAAACAAGAAAAAUGGAUACAAUUCUAUAAAGUUAUAUAGAGAUAUUUACAUUUCGUAACUUUCAGAGCAUCAUUUGAUACCCGAUGCAUGUAACUUCAUUGCAGGUGACCUAUGUGAAAGGAGUGGACUGGUUUCUAAUGACGUCAUUUCUUUUUAUCUUUCUGUCCCUGUUUGAGUGUGUACUGGUAGAGAGACUCGCAAAUGAGAAGCAAAAUGAAGAAAACAAGGAGGAAGGAAUACACAACGAAGGACUGGUAAUGAGGUUUCCAUUUUUUUUCCAAAUGUGAAAUAAUCUUCUUUUGACCUAGAGAGGCUAAACAACAUCCCUCUUCCAGUGACAGUGCGUGGGAUAUUUAGAUUGAGAUUAAUAUCAGUAUCUGAGAAACUGCGCACUUACCCCUCCCCCAAGUCCAACAACAGUCAACUGAUAGCAAGUUAAAGUUAAUGUUAGGCCAGGGGAGGGGUAGAUACUGACAUUGAUCCGUGGUUUCAAUCCCUGUAUGGUCGUGACAGUGAAUAAAAUCGAAAAGAUAAUUUUUUUGAAUGAUUUUGUAGAACACUUCUCGAUUAUCCUUGAGCAAACUGGACCUACGUCAUCGCAGGAGCUCCAAAACUUUGAACAUAUCGGGUGAUUCUGUCAAAUCCCCAGCUAAGGGAAGAGUUCAUGUCUUACCAGUGACGACCACAGCCCCUAUUAACGACACUGGCCCGAAUGACGAGACACCAGAGCUAUCGCAGAAGAAUGGCAGUUUCUUACAGUGUCUUGAAGGAAACCCAAAGUCACCCAGAACUAAAUGUGGGAUGAAAAAAAGAACUCUCCCAGAAAAAAUAGAUUUUGCGUGUCGACUUCUGUUUCCUCUUUCAUAUGCCCUGUACAAUUUGGGUUACUGGUAUGUUUAUUUGCAGGGCAUUGAUAUAAUAACAUAA